UCUCUCUCUCUUUCUCAUUCUCUCUUUCCAUAUCAAGAUAAUACUCUGUCAAGACAUCUCUCUCUCCUCCUUUACCAACUCAGUGACCUACCAACUCACUCAGCCUUACUACUAUAUUCAACUCAAGCCCUUUAGUUUUCUUUUGACCCUUUUCUUCUCCAUCCAUGGCAGCAUCACCAACACUCUCACAGUCACAAACCUCCUUCUCCAUCACCCUAACAACUCUCUUCCUCUCCCUACUCCUCCACACCACUAUCGUCGGUGCGGCGUCGACUUGGUGCGUGGCGAGGAGCGACGCCACCAUCCCGGCGCUGCAGACGGCUCUGGACUACGCCUGCGGAGCCGGAGCCGACUGCAUUCCGCUACAGUCGAAUGGCCUGUGUUUUCUGCCGAACACCAUCCAAGCUCACGCUUCGUAUGCUUUCAAUAGCUUUUAUCAGCGCAAGGCCAUGGCUCCCGGUAGCUGCGACUUCUCCGGCACCGCCACUGUAGCUCAGUCCGAUCCAAGUUAUGGAUCUUGUGUGUAUCCAUCUUCUUUAAGCACUGCUGGAGGGACUAGUACAACCACAUCAUCCACAAACAACCCUACCACAGUGACUCCUACCACAACCACACCGGGCUUUGGCAAUGGCGGCACAGGUGGAUUAACUCCGGGAAUGACCCCAACAAUCCCGGACAACGUUGACAAUUCAAGAGCGUCGUCCGAUCUUGUGAUCCCGACAUUCUUCACUAUGCUCAUGUUCUUAUUAGUUCUCACAGUCACCUUAAAACCCAUUUAUGUCUUCUCUUAUUAAUUCAUGGCAGUCAAUGUACCCUAGCAUGGAGAAGAGGCUUGCAAAUUUUUGUUAGAAGUUGAAGCUUAAGCCAUCAAGCUUAUACCGAAUAGGGCUUCAUCUUUUGUGCUGUUUUCUAUUGCUAGUGUGAGGAAAAAGCUUGUGACAAGGCUCAGAUUAUAUUAUUGGCUGAUAGAAGCUUAUUUAGCAAGGGUUAAUCUAGGCCUUAAUUAAGUUUUUUUUCUUUUCACUUUGUAGGUCAAACAGUCAAAUUUUAUUAAUAGUUGCAAGCUUGCUUGGUCAUUACACUUGACACUUUGCUUGAAUUCAGCUGAUUUUGUAACAAAUCUUUUUCUUUUUCUCUUCUUUUAGUUGUUAAAAAAUUUCUAGCUUUACUUGUAUGAUUUUUUAUGCAUUUGGAAAUCUUGGGCUAAAUUCUUGCUGAGCAUAGAAAUGAUAGAAUUUAUUGCUUUGAGCAUAGACUAGGUCAGAGGAAUUGCUCUGGCUAAUUUUUCCAUUUUAUUAAACAAAAAUUUCUGUAUGAUAAUUUUUUUUCUUCUUUUGGUUAAGAAUAACUUAUUUUUAUU